AUGGACGUCUAGGCUUUCCUAAGACAUCAAGCUGAGUUGUGUGACUUCCCUGUAGCACUCUUGCGCUCCUUGCUGUGUGUAGACCAAUAAAUGAAUGAAAACAGCGGCUAAUGAGGCAGCUGACAUUAAAAUCCGGAGGUGGAAUCCAGACCCCUGUGGUGAGAUCCACGACUCUAGUGCCACUGCUGAUGGGCUGUGAGACAAGUGACUAAAAGAUCAGACUUUUUCUCAAGUUCUUUGAAGGUCUUAAGUAUGCACAUGACUGAGAAAGAGCUCUUGGACAAGUUUUUUUUAAAAAAUCCCAUAUCCAAUAACUCUCAAAUUAUUAGAGAUCUGCAUGAAGCUUAUAUUUUCUUUCAUAUGUUUAACAGAAAUGGUUAUUAGAGAGGUAGUGAAAUCAUCUUAGGUUACUGAGUCUUGAGUAACAGGUAAAUAUUUGGAGGUGGAGUGCAGAAGAACAGACUGUACAGUAUCUCUGGUGACUCUGGCGAGCCACAGGCUCUUAGUAACGCCCACUGAAGUGGUUUCCAACAGACUACAUAUCUAGGAAUGAAUAUUUGUUUGAGGUCAGAUUGGACUGAUCCGACUGAUCGUAUAAUUCAAUAUUUUUUUCCUCUGUAUGAGGACAUUACCUCAUACAGCUCAUAAUAAUCAUGAAUUUAAAAAACAACUAUAGCACUCAGUUUUCUUUUCCUCCAUCCAUAAAACAUAGACUCUAUAGAAGGUCACACCACAUGAAGUCUGGGACUCACCUAUGCAGCCCAAUAUGGGGGGAGGAAUAAGCGCUAAUUAUGAGAGGAGGCAACCUUUCCCAUCCCUCCUACCCACUUAACUCCUCAGUGUCUCCUCUGUAACAUUGGUAAUGUGAGCGUCGUAUAACCAACAAUAAAGCUCAAAUUCUGCAGUUACAAUCUUGGACAUUCUUGGAGCUUCUCUGCGGAGUAAACUGAACCACUUGUUUAGGAGUGAUCUUGUUAAGAAGUGCGCUAAGCAGAAUGUCCAACAACAUGGCCAAGAUCGCAGAAGCUCGGAAGACAGUGGAACAGUUAAAACUGGAGGUUAACAUCGACAGGAUGAUGGUGUCUAAAGCAGCCGCUGAGCUGAUGUCAUACUGUGAAUCUCACGCCAAAGAAGAUCCGCUCAUCUCUACUUUGCCCAACUCUGAAAACCCCUUUAGAGAGAAGAAGAUCUUCUGUGCAAUUUUGUAGAUUCCAGUUCAGUCGCCUAAUCACAUUUGACUGUUCACUUUAAUGGUAUUUACAGUGCUGCUUGAAAGUUUAACAAUUUUCUAUAUAUCUGCAUAAAUAUGAUGUAAAACAUCAUCAGAUUUUCACACAUGUCCUAAAAGUAGGCAAAGAGAACCCAAUUAAACAAAUGAGACAAAAAAUAUUAUAUUUUGCAAUUUAUUUAUUGAGGAAAAUUAUCUAAUAUUAUAUAUACUAUUAAUUCUGUGAGUUGCAAAAGUAUGUGAACCUCUAGGAUUAGCAAUUUAAUUUGAAGGUGACAUUAGAGUCAGGUGUUCAAUCAAUGGGAUGACAAUCAGGUGUGAGUGAGCGCCCAGUUUUACAUUUACAUUUAUUCAUUUAGAAGACGCUUUUUUCCAAAGCGACUUACAAAUGAGAAAAUACAAGCAAAAGUUUUAUUUAAAGAACAGAAAUCUAUCAGUCUGAUCUUCACAACACAUGUUUGUGAGAGUGUAUCAUGGCAUAAACAAAGGAGAUUUCUGAGUUACAGAAACAGUUACCGGAAACGUUUAGUUGCAGUUAUUGCUGCACAAGGGAGCCACACCAGAUACUGAAAGCAAACGUUCAUUUACUUUUGCCUCUCACAGAUAUGUAAUAUCUCCUCAAUAAGUUACUCAAUAUGUAAUAUGUUCCUCAAUAACUAAAUGGCCAAGUAUAAUAUUUUAGUCUCAUUAGUUAAAUCGGGUUUCCUUUAUUUACUUUUAGAACUCGUGUUAAAAUCUGAUGAUGUUUUAGGUCAUAUUUAUGAAGAAAUAUAGAAAAUUCUACACUGUAAAA